ACCUUCCCUCGGGAACAGCCGCACGCUGCUCAUGGCGUCGGCUAAACCGAGACCCACUUCCAGUGACAGUCUCCCUCUCUUCGACUUCAACCAGAGAAUUGAACUCCAGCAAUACUCAAGAAACUCCAGGUCUAAUGGCUCUUCGACCCUCGCUGACCUACUUAAGUGGGUCGAAGAUGGCCGCGAUGAAUCGAACUCCAGGAACAUUGCCCCGGCUUGUUGGCAAAAUCCUGCCUCAACUUCCUUCCCCACCGCAUCUCCCUUUGUUCUUUCCUUCCACAAUCUGAGAUACAGUGUCAGGAUCCGCCCGAAGAUGGCGGUUCCAUCACUGUUCCAUCGGAAAAAGUCCUCGGAAUUGAGGACUAAGGUUCUGCUGAAUGACAUAUCGGGGGAAGCCAGGGAAGGAGAGAUCAUGGCGGUGCUCGGGGCUAGCGGCUCGGGGAAGUCCACCCUCAUAGAUGCGCUCGCCAAUCGCAUUGCCAAGGAGAGCCUUGGCGGUUCCAUCACCCUUAACGGGGAAGUCCUCGAGUCGAGGCUGUUGAAGGUGAUCUCUGCCUACGUAAUGCAAGACGAUCUUCUCUACCCGAUGCUAACGGUCGAGGAGACCCUCAUGUUCUCUGCAGAGUUUCGGCUACCCAGGUCACUCUCGAAACGGAGGAAGCGGGCUCGUGUCCAAGCCCUGAUAGACCAGCUUGGGCUGAGAAAUGCAGCAAACACCGUAAUUGGAGACGAGGGCCAUCGAGGAGUCUCCGGAGGUGAGAGGAGGCGAGUUUCUAUUGGUACUGACAUAAUCCACGACCCGAUCAUUCUGUUCCUCGAUGAACCUACCUCAGGGCUCGAUUCUACGAGCGCCUUCAUGGUGGUAAAAGUACUCCAACGCAUCGCACAGAGUGGAAGCAUUGUGAUAAUGUCGAUCCAUCAGCCAAGUUACCGAAUCCUCAGCUUGCUUGACCGAAUGAUCUUCCUCUCGCGCGGGCAGACUGUGUACAAUGGGUCUCCAGCAAGCCUGCCCCGUUUCUUUGCUGAGUUCGGGCAUCCUAUCCCGGAAAAUGAGAACAAGACGGAGUUCGCGCUUGAUUUGAUUCGAGAACUUGAAGAAACUUCGGGAGGAACAAAGAGUCUGGUGGAAUUCAACAAGUCAUGGCAGAGAAGCAGAAACCUUAUCCAAGGGAAGAACAGGGUCCAUGCUCGUAGAGGAAUGCCGAAACUCUCACUCAGGGAUGCGAUUAGUGCCAGCAUCGCAAAAGGCAAGCUCGUCUCUGGAGCCACAACAGGCGAUCCCAAUCUAUCUUCCUCGGUCCCAACAUUCGCGAACCCCCUCUGGAUGGAGAUGCUCGUGAUCUCAAGACGGUCCCUGACAAACUCGAGGAGAAUGCCUGAGCUAUUUGGGACUAGAUUUGGUGCAGUGCUGGUUACGGCGAUCAUAUUCGCCACAAUAUUUCGGAACCUGGACGACUCGCCCCGAGGGGUCCAGGAGCGGAUCGGGUUCCUGGCACUCGCCAUGUCCACAACCUUCUAUAUCUGUGCCGAGGCCAUGCCAAACUUCCUCCAGGACCGCUACAUAUUCAUGCGGGAGACAGCCUACAACGCCUACCGGCGGUCCUCAUAUGUGCUUGCCCACUCGAUCAUCUCCCUCCCCCCACUAGUCGUUCUCUCCUUCGCAUUCGUCUCAGUGACCUUCUGGCUAGUGGGGCUCGAGGGCGGGUUCUCAGGGUUCGUCUUCUUCUUUUAUGCAGUCAUGGCAGCAUUCUGGGCAGGCAGCUCAUUCGUCACGUUCUUGUCGGGCAUUGUGUCGCACGUCGUGCUUGGAUUCACCAUCGUCAUUGCCAUAUUAGCCUACUUGGUAUUGUUCAGUGGGUUCUUCAUCACCCGGGACCGGAUCCCUCCCUACUGGAUUUGGUUCCAUUACAUCUCCCUGGUGAAAUAUCCGUACGACAGCAUUUUACAGGGCGAGUUUGGAGGCACUGAAAAGUGCUUCGUGAGGGGAGUGCAGAUGUUUGACAACACGCCGCUAGGGGCUGUCUCGACGUCUCUAAAGCUGAAGCUGCUGGAGAACAUGGGCCGUACCAUGGGGAUGAACAUAACGGGGUCGACCUGCGUGACCACCGGAGCAGACAUCCUGAGGAUGCAAGGGAUCACUGACCUCACCAAGUGGAGUGCCCUAUGGAUCACCGUGGUUUGGGGCUUCUUCUUCAGGGUCCUCUUCUACUUCACUCUACUGCUCGGCAGCAAGAACAAGAGGAGGUGAACGUUGGCGAUAGAGUCACCGAACUACAGAGGUAUACAUGGGCCCCAAAACCCCCGGUGUACCGGAAAACCAGCCGUGAGGUGCAGUUCAGCUUUCGCAUAACAAUUAUACGGUUUCCGGUGUGAACCGGUCAUUAAGGGGUAAAACUCUUCCAACGUGAAUUUUCUACAUUUAACGAGGACUCGAACCGAGACCUUGCUUAAGCGGAAACAACCCACGUUGGUAAACUAGUUUAUUCUUAGCUAGCCUUCUCGGCGUGCAAGAAGAAACCAAGGGAGCGUAGUUAAUUUUUUCUAGCUUUUCCAUUAACAGAAACAAUUAUUGAUGGCAUGAUUUAUUCGUUUACCGAUUGUCCAUCUCGGAUUGGCUUGCUCA